UGGCGGCUGAUUAGCCAGAGGCUCGGGACGUAGAGUAGUGGCGAGAGUGUCCCGAUAGAGAGAAGAGAGGACGGACGUUCUCUCGUUUCGAGGGAGACGUCGGUCGUCGCGUCGGUUCGGUCCAGUUCUUCCAAGGUCCACCGCGAAUAAUCGGCCGGCGCAUCGCGCGAGUUAACGCCGCUUAAAACUAAUCAAAAUUAAUCAUAACCCGGGCAACAAUUGAUCGCAAUUGCCGCGCGCGCUCCAUUACGAGCAAUCGGGCAAUCGGGCGACGCCGAUCCUCUUCCCUUUUUUUUUUCUACCGGCGGGAAGCGGAAAGAAUCUCGGAAGAGCCUCGAUGGACGGGCGUGAUCGAUGCUGAGGUGUGAGACGGUGAUCUCGCCGGCUCUCGGAUUUCAACUUACAAAUCGUGUCGGUCGCUCGACACUUUCGAAGAUGUGAAAAUGAUAGAGGAGAUUCGAAGAGGAAGGCUUCACGGAAGAUAACAGAAGUGAUUUGUGAUUGACAUCCUGCUAUAUUGCAUUGGACUAAAUCAAUAUUAAAUUUGCAAAUUGAAAGACGAGAUUUUGCGUGCUUGGUGAUUACACACAAACUCCAACUUUUUAAUAAAUCAAACAUCAGCGCAAGCUGAACGCGGAAUGGAAACGCGGAAAAUAAAGACUUUAAUGCGGGAAAAGAGAGAAACUAGCAAAUAAUUGAUGAUCGAAUCCAAAAUAUUUCAAAAACUUUCCCGGUUUCUUGUCUUUGAAUCGACAGUGAAAUAUCUUUCUGAAACCGAGAAAAAUAUUUUUGAUAGAGAAAACAUCGAAAUUUCACGAAACGCACAUCUGAUCGUUUGAAAAAAAAAUUCCCACUUAAAGGAUCACGAAAGAAAUUAUCGAAAAUGGACGGCGCACCUUCAUGGGACGAUCCGAUUUUCUCGGACUUUGGGACGCGCGGCGGGACCACCGGGGCCCACAGUAUCCAGGUGAUGCUGAGCCUGCAGGCGGGCGGCGGUCAUCAUGGAAGCGGCGACCUGAUGCCAACCGGCGGCGGUCAGCUUCACAAGCUGGACUCCUCUAAUAGCCCGUCGCCGCAUCAUCAGCAUCACCUGCAACAGCAGCAGCAGAAAGAGUUGAAGGAGCUCGAGCUAUCCGGCAUGUACGCGCCAUUGCCGCCGCAGACCCAGGACGUCACCACCUCGACAUCUACCAGCGUCACGCCGACCUCGACGAGUCUCCAGCAGAGUCUGCAACUCGGCAACGCGCUCAAGAGGAAGCCGGACGACCCGAUCAACGCGCUCGCGCCAGUCAGCAGCGAAGCACAGCCAGCUAAGAAGGACUCGAAGAAGAAGACUGACAACAAUAACAUCAAGAAGAAAAAGACGAGAACAACUUUCACGGCUUAUCAGCUGGAGGAAUUGGAAAGAGCCUUCGAACGUGCACCGUAUCCGGACGUCUUUGCGAGGGAUGAAUUGGCACUCAAGCUAGCCCUGUCAGAGACUCGUGUACAAGUCUGGUUUCAAAAUCGUCGUGCGAAAUGGAGGAAGAAGGAACCACCGCGCAAGACCGCCGGUUACGUGGCCGCUGGUUCUGCCAAUCCCGGUCUGUCAGGCUCCUUCACGUCGCUCAACAACACCCUGAACCCGUUCGCGUCGCCGACGACGGCGACGGCGCCGCCGGACGCCUGGGCGUACUCGCCGGCGGCGUUCGAUCUGGGACCGCAUCUGAAUCUACUGAGCCCGUCGAAUUCGGCGUACUCUACCGCGGCGGCGGCGGCCGCGAGCUUCGGCAACAACGGCAGCGUCUCGUACUCGUCGUACGCGAGCAUGCUGCCGUCGCAGCACGACGCCGCGCUGUUCACCACGCCGGGCGGCGCCGGCAACACCAUGCGCGUCCACCAGGACUACAUGAACCCCGGUGGCGGCAGCAACCCGCCGCCGCCCGGUGAGCCCCUCACCCGCGCCGACUACCAAACCAUAGUGACGACGCACUCGCCGUCCACCCACCUCGGCAACUCCAUGUCCGAGGACGAGCACGGUGGCUGCCUCGCGGACAAGUACGCGCACGACCAGGCCGCGGCCGAUUUCGGCCAGCAGCAGCAGCAGCAGCAACCGCCGCCGCCGCAGCCGAACGAUCAGAAGCAGGACUACGGCAUGCACUCGCCGCAGGCGCGCCAGGCCAUGAAGGAUCAGGUCAUGGUCAAGAGCGAGCCCGGCAGCCAGCCGAGCUACGUGCAGCUGCCUCCUUUUCUGAACUGA